UAGUCUGUGGUUAUAGUGUAUUUUAGUGAGUUUAUCGUUGCUAAAUUAAUUAUUUUUGUCGACAAAAUAUUUCUUUAUACAUGGUCUUAAAAGUGAAUUAUGGAAAUGUAGUGCCUUAUGGAAUUAUUUACGUAUCAAAUUUUGAACUUCCUUCAUUCCAUCAUUCCCUGUUGAGGAUGAUCUCAUUGACGUACUGACAUAGCGAGAUCUUGAUCAUUUUAUUAUUUUACUGUUGACUAAGUCCAAUGACCUUGUAGCUUUUAAUAAAAUCGCCGAAAGUAAUUAGUGAAAAUGAAGAAACAGUUUUAUAGAGUGAAGCAACUCGCCGAUCAAACAUUUUCAAGGUCUGGGAAGGGGGAGGCCCUUACAGAUGAGUUGCAGAAUGCAGAGAGGAAGGUGGAGCAUCUCCGGAAUGCUCUACAAGCAGUCAGUAAGCGACUGUCCACAGGGGCUGGUAACACACAAGGCCAGGACCCGUCUGCUCGGGAGAAAAGGCUAAAGAAACUGCCUGAGUAUGUCCUGGGCAUGUCUAUGUGUGAAGCCAGCAAUUUUGAUGAUGAUGACAGCAUCCUUAAAUAUAUCUUGUAUGAAUGUGGCAAAACAGAAAAGUUUCUAGCAAAUGAAAUAGCAGAACACGAGCUGAAAGUGGAGCAAUAUGUAUGUGCACCAUUAUCAGCUAUUAGUGACCAGGAUUUACCGGCUAUCAUGAAAGCAAAGAAGCAGCUAAGUCGACUUAUGAGCGAGAAGGAGUCUGCUGCAAGUCGAUAUCAUCAUUUAGAACGUCAAAAAGAAGAAAAUCCUACAAAAUUAACUGCUGCACGUGAAGAGCUUGAAGAGGCAGCAAGUCGAGUAGAAGCUGCUCGGGACGUCCUCGCCGCUGAUAUGUUCGCGCUAGUCGCAAAAGAAACGCACUUGGCUCAUACAUUGCUGCAGUAUGUUAAACUACAGAGAGCAUACCAUGAAUCGGCUUUGCAUUCACUUGCAGACACUGUUCCGGAACUUGAGAGGGUUAUCAAUGACAGCUCAGUGAAGCCAGUAUUUGGUUACCCACUCGAAGAGCAUUUGCGUGUGACAAGUCGCACUAUCGCAUUUCCAAUAGAACUGUGCGUGUGCACACUGCACGAGCUCGGUCUCAAUGAAGAGGGUCUGUUUAGAAUUGCUGGUGGAUCGUCGAAAGUAAGAAGAAUGAAAUUAUCUCUCGACGCGGGUCUCUUCACCGUCCCUCUCCCUCGGGACUACAGAGACAUGCACGUCGUAGCAUCAGUUCUCAAAUCAUACCUGAGAGAACUGCCCGAGCCUCUCCUGACGUAUCGCUUGUAUGAAAACUUUAUCGCCGCGUCCCGUCAACCUUCGGAACAAGCAAAACUAAAUGCUCUCUGGGAAGCCGUUCAUUUGCUUCCAGACGCAAACUUUCAAAAUCUUAGGUAUCUUAUCAAAUUCUUGUCCACUCUAACGCAAAACCAAAACGUAAACAAAAUGACUCCGUCAAAUUUAGCAAUUGUAAUAGCGCCAAAUCUACUGUGGGCAGUGGACGAAAGCACAUUCGAUAUGAAUAUGACAACAGUCGUCAACUGCGCCGUGGAGCUGCUAAUCAAACACGCCGACUGGUUCUUUAAAGACGAUUUAAACUUUUUCAUAUCUUUCACCAAAGAAGACCUGCUUCCUGACCAAUGCGAGUAUGGAUUCACGCCUAGCUUUGGCCACGGCUACAACCAAACUGCCGCUCUCAACCAAGACCAAUCUAACGGCGACUACCAUCACAUGAGUAAGUCCAUGUUUGACUAUAAUCACCAAGGACAAAACAGAACUAGUCUUGAAGUUUCCGGUCGACAACUUGAAGGUUCCAGUCGACACUCUAGGAGCAAUAGUCACGACACUAGCUUGAUAUUACUUGAGAACGACAUUAAGAAAGCACAGUCUAACAGUUCCCUCUCUGAUCAAUCUAGUCCGCCACACGGUAGUCCUAAACCUUUUAUGAGACGAAAAAAUAAACCUUUAGCUCCCGUGCCGCCCAAUUUUACGCCGGACAAGAAUAAAAAAGUGGAACUCCAACCGCAGCCAGUAGAGACAAAGGAACAACAAACUUCCAGUACAAAGACAGAACCAGAAAAGCCAGCUAAACCUCCGAGACCCGUCAUUUCAGACACGGGAAAAGUGAUCUCGGGAGUUCAAACUAUUAACCGAUCUACAUAUAGACAGAGCAAGGCCCUCAAAGAGGAGGCUGCAGCUAGAAGCGCCAGCCGCGAGAACCUCGCAGACACGAGACGACAGAGUUUGGAACUAGAGAAAGAAGGAUUUGAAAAUCUGAAAUCUGCUGAGAAAGGCGAUUCUAACGUCGUCGUCCUAAAUAUGGUCGCACAAUCGGCCAUAGUGGGUAGAAUAAAUGCGAGCGGACCUGCGUCUGUCGGGGUAGUGUCAACAGAUAAAAUUACAGCUCCGCGAAGCCAGCCGCCGGCGAAGCCCAGCGGACAGCCGCCGCCACGGCCCGUAGCGGCGCCGAGGUCCAUAGUGCCCGUGCCGGUCGAGGAAACCGUAGAAGUGCAACUGCGAGCCAAACCGGCCGUGCCCGAACGCCCGGCUACGCUGCGGCCUCAGAGCUUUCGCGGCCAGCGGGGCUCCAUUCCGGACACUGCAGAGCUCAAUCCCACGGUGCUAGAACGGACGCAUAUCUACUCUGUGGACAAGCAGCAGCCCACUAUCAUUCAAGUGGGCGGCCCGGCCGCCGAGAGCGAGGAGAGCACGCGGACGAGCGUGCAGCGCACGCACAGCUCUGGUGGCAAGGACGCGGAGCUGGAACAGCCCAAAUGCCUGAGCGCGUCGCGGCACCUGUCGCAGUCGGAGGGCAGCAUCACGGACGUGCCGCUGUCGCCGCGGCCGCAGCCCGCGCGCCCCCCGCGGCCGCAGGUGCCGGCACCGCCGCCGCCCUGCACGCCUCCCGCUCCUCUCGCACCCCCCGCGCCCUCCACACACGGCGAGAGCACCGACCUCUAACCCGAGCCGAGAAUUCACACCCGUGACCCCUACCACGAACGUGAUACCAAACACCUAUCCCGCUCACGCCCUGAGAUUUAUUCAUCCUUUCGUAUCUGUACAUAUUUUAUUGCUCUUAUGACAACUCGCAGUCGUCGAGGCGAUUCGUAUAGACUGAUCAUGUCUUUUAAAUUUUUGCACUAUCGACUGCUAAAGUCGACUGCCGUUAUUCAGUCACUGUUGAAAUGCUAGGAUAAGUUUUUUCUUUUGGCGCUAAUCGCAAAUUAUUUAUUUUUGUGAACUUGUUUUAAGUAAUGUUCGUGAUAGAAUAUCACUUUUCAGAGUAUUCGCUUUUGUGGCUUUUAAAUGUUAAAAAAUAACUGUGAAAUUGUUAAUUCCCAAAAAAGACGUAUCGACAACAUUUGUCAAUUUAGCUUUUGUAUACAUUGGUGAAAUAAUGUAUAAAAUGAUGCAAUUAAUCCUUGUGAUAUUAGGAAGUUUUAUAGAGCGAGACCCGCACCGGCGCCGGCGGUGGCGGGUCGCUGCACAAAUGUGUUGUAUGACAAGUAGCCAUAUUUUUAAUAUGUAUUUACGAAAACCCGACAGUGCAUUAGUUAUAAAUAAUCCACGCUGUUUCAGUUAAUUUAGGCUUAAGUAUGUUAUGUAGUAUUUACAAUGUUUUAUGUGAUAUGCGUUCUAUUAUACAUAAUUAUUAUACUACAAGUAUACAGCUUCUGUUGUAAGUAACAAUAAUUAUAUACC